CCCGGUUUUGCUCUCGCACGUUUCCCGGUCAGGCACCGCCUCCCUCGGAGGACGGCUGGGGGCAAAGGCAAUCGUCGCCGCCUUGCGUCUGACGCCGAGGAGCAACAGAAGCUGAAUGUGGCCGAUACGCGAGGAAAGAGGGCCAAUGGAGCAUACAGUUACACACGCACAUACACACACACACACACACACACGACGACGACGACGACGCCGAUGGACUUGGUGCCGGCAGCUCAGACCAGAGAGGCAAACACAAGGGAAAGAGCGCGAGGGGCUGCGAUGGCAGAAAGCCGAGAAGCAAUCGACGGGAGUUGAUUUGGGCGGGCGGGGAGCAAAUGGGUCGCGACCAGGGGGCAAAGUGGGCGGCGGCGGCAAUGGAUGAGUUUGGCAAAGGCAGCCUCGAUGCACAGCAGGCGGCAGGCCCAGGGCAUGGCGGGCGUUGGAAGACUUGCUACCCUAAGCUGCUACUAGUCUUCAAGGCUUUGAUCGAGUGGGCAAGUCAAUGGAUCAAGCCCCUAGUCCUAUCUAUCAAGGAACACAUGACUAUCAUGCCUCUCGACUACGAUGUCACUCCAUCAACAAGCUCUCACGAGGGUCAGUCCCCAACCUCUUCGGACUUCCUUGACGCCAUCAACCCAUCAAGGUCCAACGUUCACCCACUUGAGGAUCCUCAAGAACAAGAGACACAGGAACUGGGCUUCACCGUGCCGUCGGCGGAGCUGGGCUACGAAGGAGGAAGGGUAGAGGCGUUGUACCCUCGACAUCAAGAGGAGUUUAGGGUACGGUUCAUUCCAUUUGUGUAAACCAGUCAUACUUCUCUUUUGCAAACACUGCACCAUCAUGAUUCGACACAACGUCUCUGGCACUGCUUGAUCCCGACGAUGUGCUAUUCACUCCAGCUUACUCUUCUGCAACAACUGACGAAUCGACCAUCAUCCAAGUCUCAGCAUCUCCACUCCCGCAUUCGCCCUUCGCAACUCGUCUCCCAUUCACCUCACUUUUCGACUGUGUGCCUUCCAAAGACGAUACUUGCAUACCAUCCCACGGCCAAUCCAUUGGCUGCGACCGUUGAGAGCAGGACCACUGUCCGACCUUGUACGGGUCCAACUGCUGACCUUGCCUCGGAUGGAAGAGCCAGCAGCACCAGCAUCGAACGUGGAGUACCUAUAUGUCAAAGGGAGGGCGUACUGGAGGUCACGGACACAGAGGGCCUUGUCGCCCCGCCUCCCGCCUCAAUUAUUGAUGAACACCGAAAGCAUCGGUGUGCAAGACGUCUGUCUGUCUGUCUGUCUGUCUGUCUG